GCUCUUUGCGCUGAAAUUUGGCGGGCGCGCGCCAAUCAUGACGACGCCGGCGAGCAGCCUCGCGCACGCUCGCUGCCUGCCCCGCCGAAGCGCGCUAGCCGCCCAUUCCGGCCUAGCUGCGCGCCGGGCGGUGAGCCGGGGCAGUUCGCUUCGCACACUUUCAUUUUGACCUGGACACUCGCCGUCGCUGAAAAGUCACCUGCACGCUCAACACCACACCCGGACCCCGACAACCCACCCGUCGCACGACUUCACACAUCUACCACAAUGGAUACCGCCAAGGUCCCCGUCAAGCUCGUCAAGGUCACCCGCGUUCUCGGCCGCACCGGCUCCCGUGGUGGUGUUACCCAGUGCCGCGUCGAGUUCAUGGACGACACUACCCGAAGCAUCAUCCGCAACGUCAAGGGCCCCGUCCGUGAGAACGACAUCCUCUGCUUGCUCGAGUCUGAGCGUGAGGCCAGGAGGCUGCGGUAA